AUUUCCCUGCAGACUGUUUCUCUUUGCUGAGUCCGCUGGGCCACCUCCAGAAGCUCCAGCUCAUCUUUGGCUGUCUCUCGGGCCAGCUGCAGAAGAUGCUGAGUGGCCUGCAAAAACCACUAGAGACGCUGGUGAUCAAUGGAUGUAGGCUCACUGAGAAUGACAUCUCCUACUUGUCCCAGAGCGUUCGUGCCACCCACCUGAAGGAGGUGGUUCUCUGUGGCAAUAACCUGUCCCAAAUGGUUCCUGGGCCCCUUGAGGUUCUCCUGGGGGAGGUGUCAGGCACUCUGCAGCACCUGAACUUGAGAAGCUGUCGGCUGAAGGAAGCCCAGCUCCGAGCCCUGCUGCCUGCCCUGCGCUGCUGCUUCCGCCUCCACGCUCUGGUGUUCUGUGACAACGUCAUCUCCACGUCGGGCAUCGUGAAUGUGCUGCAACACUUAGUGGGGCUGAAGGAGCUGAAGCGUGUGCAGUACCCUGUCCCUGCCGAGUGUGUUGUGUACUUGGAUGCGUACAGGUGGGGGAACCUGAACAGAGUGGAACUCGCCCGUGUGCACGCCAAGUUGCGGGAAAUGUUACAGGCACUACAGCGGGCCCACAUGGAGUUGACUAAUUCGACCUCAGUGGCCUGACUUAUGAAAAUGCACAGCUGACCUGAUGGGGAAGAGGGGCAGCAGUGGGUGCUGGAGCCAUGGCAGUGGGUUUUCCGACUGGAUGGUGUGGCUUUGAGGAAAACUAUGAAAACAAGAAAAAACACAACGAAUGCUCUGGUGGGGACUGCCCUUUCUGGAUCCCGCUGGGGCUCCCUUAUUCAUGACAUCGACAAGCACCGGUCAAAAAUCAGCACUGCAGGUGCUGUUCUAGUGCUGGAUAUAAAAAGACAGCUUCUCCCAGCACUCGUCCUUCUGGUCUGUUUACCCAAAUUCCCUUUCAUUUUGCUUCAGUAUUCCCACUUUGAACACCACGCAAUUGGGUGAGUUUCUUCUUAAAACAUUUUUUUCGUUCAUAAAUUGGGAUCAUUUCAUGUUUAUCAAGGGAAUAGAUGAAUAUAAGGUACUCAACACACAGUUUUCAUUCACCUAUUUAUUCAAAUACUUGUUGACUUCUGUUUUGUUCAGAAACCGCUGUCACUGAAGACAGACGAGUGUAGACAUUCAAGGUGUCUGCUUUCAACGAACGUAGCUUUGAAAGGGGGUGGGGACCACUAAACAGGUCAGCAGCCCAUAAGCCGGUUUCAGAGGAGCGCCAUGAGAACAAUACCAGUAUGAUGAGGGGCUACCGGACUGGGGGGACUGUGGGAUGAUUGAGAAUAUAUAUUGGUCUGUCCUCCGUUCCUGGCACAGAGCUUCUGAAACCCGGUGUCCUUUCCUAAGUAGUAACACUGGGAGCGUCCUUUGUUCCACCAUUUGGCCUUUGACCCCACCCCUGAUGCAGGGCUCUUGAAACACUUAUACAUUCCUAAGUGAUAAGAACACUAGGAAC